AUGGAUCGCCAGCAAGAAGCUUCCUUCUCUAGGAGGCGUGCGUGCUUGUUCAACAAGGCGCGUCAACUUGCCGUUCUCUGCGAUGCUCAAGUCGCCAUUAUCAUUAUUUCCUCUCAUGGCAAAAUCUACGAAUUUGCUACUUCCAGUAUGCAGGAAAUUUUAACAAGAUACAAAACGUGCUUGGAACUUGGCAAUCCUAAUCCAGAGACAACUGAGGAAGAUGCACUGAAGGAGGCCGGUGUUUCCGAACAGAAUGCUGAUAAACUCAAACCAAGGAAAUUUCUUGGUAAGGACUUGGCACAGAUGAGCUCACAUGAAUUAUCUGAGCUUAGAGAGAAAAUAAACAAAGGGAUGAUGUUUAUAAAGGAUACAAAGCUGCAACUGUUGAGGGAUGAAUUAGAAAAAUCAAGAAUGCAGAAAGAGCAGGAGCUGGAGAAAAGCCAGAUGUUGCAGAGACAGGUUGAAGAGCUUAAGAAGAAGUUUGUUCCAACAGUAAUUUAUAAUCCAGUACCAAUUUCUGUUCACUGCCCUGCAACGGAGGAGGAUGUUGUGCAGCCGGAACAGCUUAAGAAGAACUUUGUUCCAACAAAAAUUUAUAAUCCAGUACCGAUUUCUGUUUACGACCCUGCUACUGGGGAGCCGCCUGAACGAGUCCAGUACCAAUUUCUUCCACGUAACAGUUUUGCCGCAAAGCUUGGUAUCAGCAGUGGUACAUAUAAUGCUAGUGAGCAUUAG